AUGGGGAGAGGAGGCGGGCAGCCUGCGCCGUGGGGCGGUGUGCAGGAGUACUAUGCCAAGUCGGCAUCGUUUGGGAGGGCGCAUGGCCGGCCGUGGGAGCAAGGCAUGCCGAAUUCGGCGGGUUUCAGGCAUGGUGGUGGCCUGCCAAUGCCCACAAAAGAUAAGGUUGGCGGGCAUCAUGGGCCACCGCAUGUGUCGAGGGAGCAUGACCAUGGCAUGGAUAAGAGAACUCCUGAUGAUGCUGGCCAUGAUCAAAAGGUUGGAGCCAAGGAGGGUGUGCUGCCGAAGCAUGCAGAGUCAGAGGCGGACAACAAGCGUGCUAAACAGCAAUAUGCUCAGAGGUCCCGUGUCCGGAAGCUGCAGUAUAUUGCAGAGCUUGAAGGUAGAGUCCAGGCAUUACAGUCAGAAGGGGUAGAAGUGUCUGCUGAAAUGGAGUUCCUUACCCAGCAGAAUAUUAUGCUCGACCUGGAAAACAAAGCCUUGAAGCAAAGACUGGAGAGUCUAGCUCAGGAACAACUUAUUAAACGCUUUCAGCAGGAGAUGUUUGAGCGGGAAAUUGGUCGUCUCAGGUCCCUAUAUCAGCAACAACAGCAGCAGCAGCAGCAGCAACAGGUUCCUGCUCUUGUUCGUAGUAAGAGCAGAGACCUUGAUGUGCAGUUUGCCAACUUGUCUCUGAAACACAAAGACCCCAAUGCGGGCCGGGAUGCUCUCUCUGGGCCUCUUCGUACUUAG